CAGAAACAAGGAAAUUGAAAACAUUUAGCAGCGGCUGCUGUGAAUGAGCUCCACCUCUGCAGGUGGAUGUGACCGGCUUUACACUGGAAAGAGGGUCCAGUGUGUCUAGGCUUCAGCACUGUGUUACAGCCGACAACAACAUGGGGCUGCUGUCCGACCCAAACAGAAGACGGGCCCUGAUCAGCCUGCUCACCCGCCUCAAUACCCCAAUCUGUGUGGUCUGCUACAUGGCGGGCGUGGCCUGGUUCAUGGGUUUAGCUUUUGAGCCGUUCACUCUGCGGACAUACAUGUCAGAGAACGCCAUGGGGUCUACCAUGGUGGAGGAGCGGUUUCCAGCCGGGGAGAGGGCACUGGCCACCGGCAGGGAGUUUGCGGCUCAUAAGAAGAGAGCAGGUGGGAUGCCUGUGGAUUGGUUGGUGAAGACCAUGCGGGCUAGAGGGCUAGAAGUGUUUACCCAGAGCUUCUCUCGCACUCUUCCCUUUCCUGAUGAAAACAAAGAGAGAUAUAUGGUGAAAGGCACAAAUGUAUAUGGGAUCCUUCGGGCGCCUAGAGCUCCACGCACUGAAGCCCUGGUGCUGAGUGCUCCCUGCAGCCCGGGCGAUAACAACAACCAGGCUGUGGGACUGCUGCUUGGUUUGGCACACUACUUCAGGAAUCAGAUUUUCUGGGCCAAGGACAUCAUCUUCCUCGUGAAUGAGCAUGAUCUGAUUGGUAUGCAGGCUUGGCUGGAGGGCUACCACCACACCAACACUACAGGAAUGGACUGGUCCCCGCUGCAGGGCCGCGGUGGUUCAAUCCAGGCAGCUCUGUCCCUGGAGCUCAGCAGUGAUGUUGUCACCAGUUUGGACCUAGUACUGGAAGGCCUCAACGGCCAGUUACCCAAUCUGGAUUUAGCCAACCUCUUCUAUGCCUUCUGCCAGAAGAUAGGAGUCCUUUGCACCAUCCAGGGCAAGCUGCAGAGGAAUGACUGGGACAGUGUGUCUGGCUACAGCCACGCAGUCAAGACCAUGAUGCUGAUGGUGAUGAAGCAGGCCAGUGGACGACCUUGGGGGGACCACGGCCUGUUCCUGCGUUAUCACAUCGAGGCUGCCACCAUCAAGGGCGUCAAUAGCUUCCGCCAGUACAAGACUGAUACUACCACUAUUGGCAGGCUUCUGGAAGGGAUGUAUCGUAAGCUGAAUAAUCUCCUGGAGCGCCUGCACCAGUCCUACUUCUUCUACCUUAUGCCGUCACUCUCUCACUUUGUCUCUAUUGGUUACUACAUGCCUGCUUUCGGCCUGCUAGCCGUCAUCCUGCUGCUUCGCGCCUUGGACCUGUGGGUUCAACUUUCGACUCCACCACCAAGAACAGAAGAUGGAGUUGUUGACAUUGAACAGCAGUCCAGUCCAGGAGUGCUGUCUGUGUUGACUCCUCUGGUGAUCAGCCACCUGACCGGAGUGGCUCUGUACACACUGCCAAUCCGUUUUCAGGAGAUGGCUGGUGAACACUUCCCGGUGUCAGAGACUGAGGCUGUGGUUCUGACAGCUAUUGCUGUUUACACAGCAGGGCUGGCUUUGCCUCAUAACACACACAGAUUCCUGUCAGGUGAGGGGACGGAGCAGGGCUGGAGAGUGCUGAAGCUGGUCGCGGUGCUGUACCUGGCUGUGCUGCUGGGUUGCACCGCCCUCAUCAACUUCUCCCUGGGCUUCAUCCUGGCUCUCACCCUGGUGCCUGUGGCUGCCUUCGUCACACCCCACAUCCCAAAAGUUCUGUCAGCCUUCAUCUUGGUCGUCCUCAGCCCAGCCUGCACGCUCCUCUUUUCUGUCUUUUUCUUCCAAGAGCUACAGGAAAUGCCCAUCAGCUUCCUGGAGGGUUGGUUGCUCUACCUGUCAGUCAUCUCGCAGGGCAUCCUGGACCACUCCCUGUACGGCUCUCUGGUCUACCCACUCAUAGCCCUGCUGGUCUAUCCUUGCUGGCUGCUUUUCUGGAACAUCCUCUUCUGGAAGUAGAUGCCAGUCAUGCGGAACCACUGAAGGCUUUCAUGGGGAGAGAAACCCUCUGAGGUGUUCUCAGGUUUGCCUUCAGCCAGGGGAAUAUGAAGAAUGACAGUUAAAUCCACUGGAGAGAUCGGAAGUCGACUUGGAAAGUGCAGAGACCCUCUUUUUUUUUUUUUUUGACAUUUUGUUGGUAUUUUAGUAUCAACUCCAAGUAUUUCAUUCUUAAAACAGUGAAGAAAAAUCAGAUGUUCUUGAUAAACUAAGCAGAACGGACUGUUUUUUUUUACAUCUCAUUUACAAAUAACUAAGUGGAAUAGGGGACGAGCUUUUCGCAAGUAACGAUAAAUGUCAUGUUUGGGUUGCUUUCUGUAAAAAAAAAAAAAAAAAACUAAACAAAAAAACUAUUUGGUUUAAGAUUUUUGUUUGUGAUACAUAAGGAAAACUACUGCACUGUUUUAUGUUUCAUUUUUUUUCGGGCAGGAUUGUAAUGAUGGAAGAAGUUGAGACAGUACCAACAUAGAUUAUUCUAAGAGUAAACAGUGGUGAAACAGAAUAAACCAAUUGGCUGGUUGAUUGUCUGCAUCCUUUAAAGGAUAACCCUGAGAUUUUUUAACCUGGGCCUUUUUCCCUUCAUGGUUUUGGGUGUAAAUGAUUGAUAUGGAGAAAAAUCAGUGCACUAUUGAGCAAGAAUGGGGGCAAAGUACCCCAUUCUAUAGCUAAACAGCUGCUGCAAUGUAAACAAAAGGACGUUUGGUCUGCGUCAAAGUACAUCCACUUUAAGUGCUUGUUUUUGCCACUGACAGGUUCAGACUGUUAUAAGUGCCUGACAGCAUUAUGGAUAGGAUUCCUACUGAGAUGCAGCUUUUUGUUAAAGGCCAGAAACGGUCGUUACAUUGCUUGUUCAAAAGACACCAGACUCCAUUGACAGGAAUAGAAAUCGCUGCCUCGAUUGCAUGACUUUCAGUAAUGAAGUGUUCAGACCCUUUAAGUAAAAGUAUCAACACAAUAACAAAUAAGCUAAUCGAUCAAGGCAGCUCAAUAAUGGACCCAUUGCAAAGAUUUUUGCCCAUUUUACACUCAAACUUGGAAAAAUAAGGCCCAGGUUAUAGAAAACUCUUUAUCCUUUAUGAUGUUUAUACACCUGUGUCUGAACAAGCCAUCGCUGCGUCUAAUGUUUUAUACUUGUUUUGAUAACUGUCUCUGAAACAUGUUUAUUUUAUAUUUAUGAAUGCCAAAAUAAAAGACUGGAAAAGUA